CAGAAAUGGCUGAAAGUUCGGAAACCGACGCAGUCCUUAGCUCACUCUGCACUAUUUGCCACACCAACACGCCUAAAUACCGCUGUCCUCGUUGCUCGACUCAGACCUGUUCGCUAGCCUGCUCUCGCAGACACAAGCUCUGGUCUCAAUGCUCCGGUGUACGUGAUCCAGCAGCGUACCUUCGUCGGAACGAGCUCGCCACCGAAUCGGCGUUUGACCGCGAUUUCAACUUCAUCACGGGGAUCGAAAGACGUCUUGAACGGGCAGAGCGCGAUGUCGAGAACCGGGGGAUCCCAACACUAGAAGAUCAUGCAGAAGGUACAAUAGGUGGGAAGAGGAAGCGCACAAAUGAACCGCGCCUCGCGAAGGGCGAGGUCCCUUUCCUCCGGGGGGCGGAGAGUGCUGGGGUCACCGUGGUGAGGGCGCCAAAGGGGAUGUCGAGAAGCAAAAUGAACGCCUCGAGGUGGUUUACCAAACAAAAAUGCCUGAAUUGGACCGUCGAAUGGGUUUUUCCGACAGGGGAGAAGAAGCUCAACACUUCCCUAGAAGGAUGUACUAUCGCCGAAGCGUAUGCUCGUGUCAACCCUGUAAUAAAAGGGACAAAAGACGAAGAACCACCAAGUGAACAAUCGCAAGCCGAACCCAACCCCGAAGCUGCACCGGCCCAAAGUACGACGGUUGAAAAUCAAACUCAUUCUACAUGCGACGGCAGCCUUUCCGAGGCCCCUCCUACAUCUACUGCUUCCCAUCCGCCUAUUUCUCACCGGGACGUCUACUUCUACUUGCAUCGACCACAAACUUCAACCAAACAGCCCGUCCUGGUGCCCCUACAACCGCACCAGAUCUUCACAACUGUCCUGCGCAACAGGACUGUCCUUGAAUUCCCUACUAUAUACGCAUUAUCCGAAUCCCCUGAGACAUUACGUACCGAAAGCGAGGACCCGGCCCGCUUCCUACUCGAAGAAGAAUAUCUACACGCACACAAACCGGGCGAGGAAGAUCCAGACUCGGUGCCUGAGAAAUCCGAGAAUGAGGCCGAGGAUGCAGGUGUGGAUCUGGAGACCGUGGAUGAGGAGAAAGUCUUGGAAGUCCUUCAGAGAGACUUGGGGGAGGAUGCUCCGACUGUUGUUUGAAAUCUACCAUCAUAGCAAACACGUACAAUUGUGCUCGGGAGGCCAUUAUUCGAUCGACGUUACCCGAUCGGUAGGUAGUCACUGUCAUGAAUCAGUCUGAAAUGGAGGGGACAUUAUCAUUACUACCUCAUCUACCGUCAAUACCACGCAGAUAGAUAAUGCAGACUGGCUUUUACGGUCACGAGUAUAUAGCAAGCUUCGUUGCGAAUUGAC